UGGAGAGGCGUGUUGACCUUCUCUUCCUGCCCGGGAAAAUCUCGGGCUACUUUGGACAGUUGUUGACAUUGUUCCUGUAUCUUGAUUUCUUUCUUCUCCCGCUGGGAAUGUUUACGAUGUGCAUUUCCAAAACAGAUCACAUUUGAAGACGGAAAGCGUGGGAACAGCAGCAGAUCAGGAUUAAUUUGGUGGGGGGUGGGUUUUUUGUUUUUGUUUGUUUCAAUUCCUCCAUCUGGCGGGAAAUGGAAGGAGUUGGAGUACAGGAAGAGCCUCUAGUGAGUUGCCCGGUUUGCCUACGGGAGCUGCCAGCUGCUCAAAUUAACUCGCAUCUGGAUAGAUGUUUGCAGCAGCAGGGAGAAAGGAGAGACCGGGAAGUCACAGAGGGUGGGGCGGGCAGUAGCAGCUAUUCAGAGGAGGACACGGGGAUGGGGUCUCAGCAGCCCUGCAACAAGAAAUCGCGCCUCUCGAAGUCCCCGGAGCAGGACUACAGGGAAGCGGGGAGUAGCCUCAAGAAAUCCCCGGUGUUUUCUCUUUUCCGCCAAGGAAAAAGCUCCGGAGGAGGGAAACCGGGGACUUCCAGGGCUGCGUCUCCAACCCGGGUUAAGGAAGAAGAAAAGCAGCCGGAUGGCGAGAGUCCAGGAAAAGGCCUCUAUGCCUCGGUACCUGAGCUGAGUGGCGAGAGUCUGGCCCAAAAGCUGGAGGGGAAGCCCCUGGCGGAUAAGUUGCGGCCGAAAAACUUGCGAGACUACAUGGGGCAGAAUCAGGUCUUGGGAGAACAGACUCUCUUGCGGUCUCUGCUGGAAGCCCACGAAAUCCCCUCCCUCAUUCUCUGGGGGCCACCUGGCUGCGGCAAGACUACACUGGCACAUAUCAUAGCAAAUAACAGUAAGAAGAAUGGCACAAGAUUUGUGACUUUAUCAGCGACUAGUGCCAAAACCACUGAUGUCCGUGAAGUAAUUUCCCAAGCCCAAAAUGAAAAGAGACUCUUCAAGAGGAAAACCAUCCUCUUUAUUGAUGAAAUACACCGUUUCAAUAAGGCUCAGCAGGACACUUUCCUUCCUCACGUUGAGUGUGGCACUAUCACUCUGAUUGGGGCAACCACAGAAAACCCUUCUUUCCAGGUCAAUUCUGCUCUGCUAAGUCGGUGCCGUGUUAUUGUUCUUGAGAAGCUCUCAGUCGAGGCAAUGGAAGCUAUUCUGAUGCGAGCUAUCAGGUCUUUAGGGAUCCAGGUCUUGAGCCAAGAAGAGCAACACACAGGCUCUGUGAAUGGCAGCAACAGCAAGAGCUCAGAAUCUUGCAUGUGCAUCGAGAGACAAGCUAUCAGCACCCUUGCUUACCUUUGUGACGGUGAUGCAAGAACUGGGCUGAAUGGACUCCAGAUGGCUGUCCAGGCCAGGUUAACUAAACUCCCCCAUCAGAGUAAUACUGGCUGUUCUGCUAAUGGAUUGGUCAUAACGGAAGACCAUGUGAAGGAAGGACUCCAGCGAUCCCACAUUCUGUAUGACCGAGCAGGUGAAGAGCAUUAUAAUUGCAUCUCUGCACUCCAUAAAUCUAUGCGAGGCUCUGAUGAAAAUGCUUCCCUUUACUGGCUUGCCCGAAUGCUUGAAGGUGGUGAGGAUCCACUGUAUGUGGCAAGAAGAUUGGUAAGGUUUGCAAGUGAAGAUAUAGGAUUGGCUGAUCCCUUGGCAUUAUCACAAGCAGUGGCUGCUUAUCAAGGCUGCCACUUUAUUGGAAUGCCGGAGUGUGAGGUCCUACUAGCCCAAUGUGUCCUCUAUUUUGCCAGAGCACCAAAGUCCAUAGAAGUGUACAGUGCUUAUAGCAAGGUCAAGGCAUGCCUGAGAAAUCAUCAAGGACCACUUCCACCGGUUCCUCUGCACUUAAGAAAUGCACCAACCAGGCUCAUGAAAGACCUAGGCUAUGCUAAAGGUUAUAAAUAUAACCCGAUUUAUAAGGAACCUGUAGAGCAGGAAUACUUGCCUGAAGAGCUGAAAGGGAUCAAUUUUUUUAUGGAAAGAAGAAUGUGAUGAACUGCCUAUGACUGUUUCUUAUUUUCCCCUGGUGAACUUUGUAAUUUUCUUACCAUUUUAAUUCUGUUUUAAAGCUACCAUGUUUUAUGACGUUAAGUGAAUUUGCUCAUAGUGGCAUGCCUCUAUCCCUUUUUACCCAUAUAUUGAUUAUUUGUUAAUUAUUGAAGUCUGUGGAGCUGAAGUUAAGCCACUUUGUCUUUUGCAAAGGUAUACAGAAAAACAUUGGCUGCCACUCAGUUUAUAGUUACAUGAGCUUAAGAGCAACUGAACUCAUUGGGACCUAAAUAAGCAUUUCUGCGUUGGACAGCAGCCAUUAUCAUCAAAAGAAAACAUUUGAGUUACAUUCCAGCCAAAGCUGGACACUUUUAAGGUUCCUUUUAUUUUACUGGGAUUGAUUUAAACAUGUGUUUAACUCCCCCAUUUAAAUCAAAGGGAUUUUAAAAUGCUUGGAUUUUGGCUGGAUUGUGCCCUUGUUUUGGCUGGAUUGUGCCCUUGGAUAGUUUUGGCUGGAUUGUGCCCUUGGUUAACACAUUUUAAUUUAAAUUACUCAAAAUCUGUGAAAAUGGAAUGAGUAAGAAAAAUAGUGCAUUUGCACCUUAGGAAGUCAAAACAAUAUAACUGAAAUUCAGUACAUUAUCAGAGUUUUGAUAUAUAAAACUUGUAAAUAAAAGUUGAUUUUAAAAUCA